GAUUUAUCUGUCUCCCACUAACGUUUUCUUCCAUUUAAUAGACAUAUAUGAAGAUAUCUUUAUGGACCGUUCCUUAUUGUGCUGGAACAUUCAAACAUGUUACGAGUUUUAUGUUUGUUAUUGCCUAUUUUAAUUGUGUGGGGCAAAGAUGUACCCGUGGUUAAAACAUCUUUAGGUACUAUCGAAGGGCACAUUGCCAAAACAGUACAUGGAAAAGAUUUCUACUCAUUUAAAGGUAUACCAUACGCCAAACCACCCAUUGGUGACCUAAGAUUCAAGGAGGCAGUACCGGUGGAGCCAUGGGUGGGAACGUGGAAGGCGAACAACUCCUACACCUGUUUGCAAUACACCCAUUUCCCAGCAAGGCCUGAUAGUAAAAUCGAAGGGGAGGAAGACUGUUUGUACCUUAACGUCUUCACUCCAACUUUAAAUCCAAAAGCCAACUUGGAUGUGCUUGUUUACAUUCACGGUGGGGCUUUCAUGUUUGGAAGCAAGAACUUGCAAGGCCCGGAAAUACUUCAGGGCAACGAUAUCGUUCAGGUCAAUAUGAAUUACAGAUUGGGCCCAAUUGGUUUCUUAAGUACCGAAGACGAAGUAGUACCAGGAAAUAACGGCAUUAAAGACCAAAUUUUGGCCCUAAAAUGGAUCAAAGACAACAUUAAAUAUUUCGGGGGUAACCCCAACUCCGUUACCAUAUCAGGGAUGUCUGCAGGUGGUGCAAGCGUCCACGUUCACUACUUGAUUCCUCAGAGCAAAGGGUUGUUCCACAGAGGUAUAUCCCAAAGUGGCACCGCCUUGAAUCCGUGGGUGUUCAUGGAAGAUCCCCUUGAACAAGCACAAAAGUUGGCCACUUUGGUUGGAUGCCCAACUCAUACCAACGAAGACCUUGUGAAUUGCUUGAAGACGAGGCCCGGCAGGAAAAUCUUGGACGCAGUGGUUCACUUCCAGCCAUUCUUGUACAACCCAUUUUCACCCUUCGGACUGGUGGUGGAUACUUGGGCAAAGAAACCUUUGUUUAGUGAUACUCCUUAUAAUUUAAUUAAAAAUAAGAAGGUGCAUGAUGUGCCAUGGAUUGUCUCGUAUACUGCUGCAGAAGGACUUUACCCCGCUACAGAAUUUUACCAAAAAGACGAGUAUUUGGAAGAGAUCGACAGAAAUUGGAAUGACAUAAUACCUCACGUGCUUCAUUAUAAUUUCACUGUUGACAAACAUCUGCAAGAUGAGGUCAGCCAAAAGAUCAGACAAACUUAUUUGGGAGAUGCAGCUUUGUCAAAAGCAAAUUUUCUGUCGUUAGUAGAUAUCAUAAGCGACAGAUUAUUUAAGCUGGACAUUGGAAAAACUAUAGAGUUACAAUCUGCGGCGGUCAAAUCUGAUAUUUAUGUCUACAAAUUCAGUUACAGAGGUACUUAUAGUGUGACAGAGGAAAGAUCUAAAUCUAAAGAAAACCUUGGGGCAUCACAUGCUGAUGACACUUGUUACGUCUUUAAGACUUACUUGGACACCCUCAGCACUGAAGAAGACAGAAGUAUAAGCAACGUAUUAGUCUCUGCUUUCGUAUCUUUUACUAAAACAGGAAAACCAACCAUUUCUAACGUUGACUGGACACCAAUGCCGAAAAAUACGUCAGGAAAGCUGAACCAACUGCACAUAAUCAAUCCAGAUAAAUUGGUCAUGGAAACAGUUGAUUCUAUAGGAAACAAGGAAUUCUGGGACACGUUACCUUUUGAAGAGCAUGAAGGAAUUGGAAGCAAUAAAAAAGACGAACUUUAAUACGUGUUUAUUAAAAUCACUUUAGAAGUAAACAUAUUCCUAAAUAAA